GCAAUUUAUCCCAUUUCGUAUUGUUUCCAACAUAAUUAAUAGCUAAAGAAAUGUCUUCUUCAAAGCUUCCUUCUUCAACUCAUGGAUCCAUCUCCAUCCGGGAUCGUCCCUUAGCCAACUUUCCUCCUAAGGUUUGGGGGGAUAUUUUCUUAUGUCCAUCUAAAAUGAACGUUGAUGGUGCAACUCAACUACAGCACGAAGAAUUGAAAGAAGAAGUAAGGAGGCUGAUUAAGGUGGACGUCCAUGAUGAUUUACUGCACAAAUUACGUUUGAUUGAUACAAUCAAACGGCUAGGAGUGAGUUACCAUUUCGAAAGAGAGAUAGAGGAAGCAUUGCACAAUGUGUAUGAGCAUCACUACAACUAUGACCAAUCUCUCGAGGCUACUUCUCUUCGAUUUCGAUUGCUUAGAGAGAGCGGAUUUAAUGCUCCCUGCGAAACGUUCAGCAAGUUCAAAGAUGAUGAAGGGAACUUUAGCAAGUCCUUAACAAGUGAUGUGAAAGGUUUGCUUGAACUAUACGAAGCUGCACAUUUACUUGUUCAUGGGGAAGUCAUACUCGAAGAAGCCCUUGCGUUCACCACUACUCAUCUAGAGUUAGCCAAAGCUGCUGGCAAUUUGGAGUAUCCUCUUUCAACCUUAGUCUCCAAUGCUCUAUACCAACCCAUCCGCAAGACCCUUCCAAGGUUGGAGGCUAGGCGACUCAUAGCCAUUUAUCAAGAAGAUGCUUCACACGACAAAACAUUGUUGAAGUUUGCAGUGUUGGAUUUCAACUUGUUACAAAUUUCACACAAGGAAGAUCUAUGCAAGCUCUCUAGGUGGUGGAAAGAUUUAGAUUUUGCUACAAAACUACCGUUUGCACGAGAUAGAUUGGUGGAAUUAUACUUUUGGAUGUUGGGAAUGUACUUUGAGCCUAAGUACUCUUUUGCCAGAGAAAUAUUAACAAAAGUAGUAACUAUGAUAUCAAUUAUGGAUGAUAUAUACGAUUCAUAUGGCAAAUUUGAAGAACUUCAACUCCUUACAGAUGCAAUUCAAAGGUGGGAUGAUGAUUGUGUAAAUCAACUUCCAGAUUACAUGAAACUAUUCUACAAGCCAUUAUUAGAUCUCUAUAAAGAAGUUGAGGAGGCGAUGGGAAGGCAAGGACAAUCAUAUUGUGUCCAAUAUUCUAUAAACCAAUUUAAGCAAUUGAGUGAAAGUUAUUUUGCGGAGGUGAAAUGGUACAAUGAAAACUAUGUACCAACGAUGGAAGAAUAUAUGAGGGUAGGAGUUAUAUCUGCUGCUACUACUGCAAUAAAUGUCACAUCUCUAGUUGGAAUGGGAAGUUUGCUGACACCUGAGAUUUUCAAUUGGUCAUCUAAUGAUCCUAAAAUUAUUGUUGCUUGCGCCGUUCAUGCUCGCCUCUUUGACGAUAUUGUCACACACAAGUUUGAGCAGGAGAGAGGGCACUGUGCGUCGGCUGUUGAAUGCUACAUGAGAGAACACGGAAUAUCAGAAGAAGAAGCAUGCAGUGAAUUGAAGAAGCAAGUGGAUAAUGUAUGGAAAGAUAUAAACCACGAGAUGAUGUUUGGUGAGACAUCAAAGGUUGUCCCAAUGUCGGUUCUUACACGAGUUCUCAAUCUUAUAAGGGGCGUUGAGUUCAUGUAUAAGGCUGGAGAUGGGUACACUCAUGUUGAAGAAACUACAAAGGAUGGGAUCACUUUAUUGCUAAUUGAUCCAAUCUCUAUCUCAGCUUGA